CUGCGACAUAAAAUUAUUUCAAGAAAUAAUAAAUUAUUAGAACUGUACCCCAGUAACUGUAAUACUGAGUCUGUCAAUUUCAGAAGUCCUUCACCGGAACCGAUAUAUGACAGUAAUGGUAAGCGCUUGAAUACAAGAGAAGUCCGUAAACGACAAGAGUUGGAGCAGUUACGUCAUGAAAAGAUUCAAGCGUUGUUGAAGAUUAAUCCGAACUUCAAACCACCUGCCGAUUAUCGCGCACCGAACAUCCGCCUUCAUGACAAGGUGUGGAUACCUCAAGAAAGCCAUCCUGAGCUGAACUUUGUUGGGUUGUUGAUCGGCCCACGAGGCAAUACGUUGAAGAGUCUGGAAGCCGAAACGGGCGCGAAAAUCAUUAUCAGAGGCAAAGGUUCAAUAAAAGAAGGGAAACUAGGCAGCAGAAUGGGUCCGAUGCCCGGUGAAAAUGAGCCCCUUCAUGCUUAUAUUCGUACUAUAAUUGCGGAAGCUACAGCUAUUCCAGACGGACAGAAUGAAUUAAGAAAGCUCCAGCUUCGUGAAUUGGCUCUGUUAAAUGGUACACUGAGACCUGAAGACUUGGUUAGCGGAGCUCGGUGCUCGAACUGCGGCUCAGAUGAACAUAAGACAUGGGAAUGCCCGGAUGCGCCUAAUAUCACUGCUAAAGUGGUUUGCAUGGCAUGCGGAUGUGCCGGUCAUAUUGCUAAAGAUUGUAAAAAUCCGCGUCCUGGUGGAGGUGAAGCAGCAGGCGCUACUGAUGGUGGGAUGGAUGACGAGUAUUCAGCUCUUAUGGAAGAACUCGGUGAACGUCCUGCUCGCCAAGCUGAUGGAUCAGUACGGGGACGUGGUACAACCACAUUCCGUGGCCAGAGAGGCACCUACUUCCCACGAGGCGCAAUAAAUAACCAGCCACCAGUGAUUCGUGUGAAUUUGGGCACAGCAGCUCAGCAGCAAAUGAUGAGCGGUAUGGUUCCACCAGGCGUCAGACCACCUUACGGUAUGGCACCUCCACCACCGGAUUCAUACCAACCACAUGGAUUCUUCUCCAGUCCUGGAGCUCGAGGACGUGGAGCUUUCAGAGGAGACUACUCCGGAUGGUAUGGAGGCGCGACAACGAUGCCAUUACCCGUGCCACCGCCACCGCCUCCACCAAUGGGUGGUUUCCCACCACCUCCUCCACCACCACCUCCACCAGCACCACAAGCCGACCUGUCUCGUAUAUUAUCUGCUCCAGCUCCUCCGCCACCUCCACCUCCUCCAUCCCAAUGA